AUGGCUGCCAUAACUGUGCUGCUUCGUUCUUUGCUUCUGGACGAUCCAGGUCUACCACCCGUUUUUGCUGCAAACGGGUCCCCCAGAUCAAGUCCCUUGCACUCGUCCUUCCUCCAGAAGGUCCAGUGGAGCUUGGGAUCCCACGAAAACGCCUCUAAAAAGAAGAAAGAGCCGACGCCUGACCUGCCUCCAACUGGAGGACGGCCAAAUCCUGAUGCGGAACCAGUCGAGGUCAACUGCAAAGACAUCACUCGGAUCCAGGAUAACUGGGAUGUGGAAGAGUUUGUCUCACACACAUGCAUGGGGAUAUUCCUCCAUCACCCGGCCUAUAAGCUGCUCUUGGCGGGUUUCAUCAUCACCAAUGCGGUCAACAUUGCCCUGCGAACGGAGCCGACAUUUGAAGAGAAAUACUUUGGAUUCUUCUCUGCCAUAGAUACGAUUGUCCUGGCUUUCCUUAUCUGUGAGGUACUUCUCAACUGGUACUAUGGAUUCUCAUUGUACUGGAAGGAUGGCUGGAAUAUCCUCAAUUUUCUCAUUGUGGUCUUUCUGUUCUUCGGCCUAUUAAUUCCUGUGCUGUCUGACAGAACAUUUUUUCACAUCCUCAGAAUAUUGCGACUGAUGCAGGUCUGUACCUUAGUGGCUGGUCUGGCUAGGAUGAUACAGGUGAUCUUGAAGUCCACGCCUGACAUGCUUAACAUCAUGGUCCUGCUUUUUUCUAUCAUGCUGGUCUUCUCUGUGUUUGGUGUGACGCUGUUUGGAAGUCUUAUCCCAGUGCAUUUUGGGAAUUUGGGAACUGCCUUGUACACACUUUUCAUCUGCAUAACACAGGAUGGGUGGAUUAACAUUUAUGAUGCCUUUGAGGCAGAACAACGCGGCAUGGCCCUGAGGAUUGGGGGGGCGCUCUACUUCUCCAUCUUCAUCACCUGUGGGGCCUUCAUCUGUGCGAAUCUGCUUGUGGCUGUGGUGACGACAAACCUGGAGCAGUCCGUGGCUGCUUACAACGAGGAACGGCAGUCACAGUCUCUGGCCCGUUCGGAAGCAGCCUAUACUGGGCUGGAUGAUGGCACAGAUGAUGAUGCCCUCCCGCCUCUGCCACCGAUGCACAUGAAAGAAGUUAUGCAUGCCACAGCCAUGGUCCAUUGCCAGGAUCUGCUUAGCUACGGUAAUUUGGGUAACCUGAACGAUUCCACCUGUGACGAUCUCUGCGUUGUCCUGGAAGCGAUCCAUGAGAACCUAAAGGAAUACCGGGAGAUCCGGGAUGAGCUCAGUCAAAUAGUCCACGAGGUGAGAUCCAUCAAGUUCAAUAUCGAGCAGGAACAAGAGAUAGUUCUACGGAAUAUCCGCGGGGCCAGCAUCUCGGACACCAUGCUUGCCAAUGAGGUCAUACAAGGAAAGGCUGGGGACGUCCUCACUACACUGACAAACCUAGAAAAGUCAAAUAUGAUCGACACAGAAUACCAGAGAGGAGCGAUAAAAACGGCAGCCAUGAGAGCACGGAGGCAGUCGUUGCUAAUGCCGGGAGAAAUUGCAGAUCUGUUAUGGAAGUACCUGAAGAUUGGAGUCAAAAGCAUGACGGCUCGGUAA